GUGAAAAUACCCUCCUUUCGUUUUAAAAAUAUGACAAUUGGGAACAAUAACAACAACUUCCUUGACAAUUAUGCAAGAAUAUUCAAGUUGUAUGAAACGAAUAAUGGACAUGACAUUGCUAUGAAAUAUGCUUCUUUGAAUUUAGAUGACAAAGACACGUUUCGACAGGCAGAGAAUAAUACUUGGAAACUAAUAGAUGCUAUGAUUUCAUCAAAAGAUAAAUGUUGUCUCUUUCAAUAUGCUGCUUUAAAGGAUUGGAUAUCCAAAACCACGGUCAGUCAAGAAUUGCGCAACCAGAUCAUGCGCAAGGUAUCUGAGGAGGAAGAGCUUGAAGAAGAAUUAAUGCAUAUCGUCUACAGAAAUCAGGCGCUUUCACAUCCAAGUAAAAAAAGAAAAGUGUCUAUAGAUAUCGAAGCAGUCUAUAAGCAACGUUGGAAUAAGAUCAGAUCGGGAGUGUAUGAGAAGACAAUAGGUGAACCUGGUGAAGAUCCAACAGCGGUGUAUGUGCAUAAUGAAUAUGUUCGAUUUAAUCUCUUUGCGCUUGGCAGAGAUAGUUCAGGUUAUAGUCAAAAGGAAUGGGAUUCUUGGUUUGAAUGUGUGCAGUACAUGGCAAAGAACGAAUCGCUUGGAUUCUAUGAAAAACUCUUGUAUGAUACAUUUGCAGGAAAUACUCAUAUAGGACCUGGCAUAUGUCAAACAUGGGAGGACGUUGUAUGGGUCAAUCUGAACGGCGCUGUUCAAAGUGUAAUGACCAAGCAGGAUUCAGAAGAGUUGAUUCUAUCUGAUAGUGCGGCUCAAUUAGCUUUAUCCAAGGAUUAUAUAUUAGAAGAAGGAGAUCCUAAAAGGUUUUUUCAUCUAGUACAAUUGGCUCUACUUCAAGACAGAAUAAGUAAUCUGAUCGAUACAGCAUACGAGCAAUUCAUCACGCGUAAUUCUUUUUUUAAUCUUGGCAAAGAACAUAGAAUAGAAGCCCUAAGAUUUAUAUCCACAUUAUUAAUAUAUGGUCGUCAGUAUCUUGACUGGAAACAAGACGAAAAAUCAAUUGCUAUCGUGUCAUACUACGCCGAGCUUAGUUCAACACGAGAUUACUUUAGACCCUUAAUUACUGCCAUAUAUGCCUCAAAGCUCCCACUCGAUGCUCAAGUAUCUGUAUAUAGUCGAUUUCUGGAAGAAUUUGAUGGCGACAAGGAAGAAGUCUCCAUUCUUUUAUUACUUGGCAAACAACAAGGACUAGCAAUGAACGAUAUAUUGAAACGAGUCAGUUCGAAUACCCUUCAAAAAGCCCUUUACGAGUCCUCUAGAGUCAAAAGCCUCCAAUACUACCGAUUAGAAAAUAAUGAGAUGGAUGAUUUUGCUUAUACCCUUUUAGAGGCCUUGGGAUGGCUCAAGAGUCAGGACCUCUGUCUGGAGUUAUUCAAGACAGCCAAUGUGAUUAUUCGUCAGGUACUGGGCAUGCGAAGGCUUUAUCUGGUAGAAAGAGUGACGGAUGUGGUGGAAGAAAUGGAGACAUAUUGUUCCAAGACAAAAGAGAUGGAAAAAGAAUUUGCAGAGUAUCUUUCUCAUAAACGACUUGUCAACACAUUUAAAUUGUUUGAAGAAUGGACUGACCUUAUUCAGUCUAGUCCGCAAGACUCUGGUUCAUUAAGUGAUCUUCAAAAAGUAGUGUCAUGGCGACACGAAGUUCAGACACAAACUGAAAUCCUGGAAAGAGAAUUAAAGUUUCUGCUUGAAGGUGGCUGGUUAGGAGAACAUACGGAUGAGACUAGACAUAUUUCGAAAGCGACCUUAAGAGAGAUCUACAUCCCAGAUCUAGUAAUCAAAUAUCACCAACUACUUCAUCUAUCGUCCAGCGUGAUCCCUGAGAAUUUACAAAAGAGUAGACAAAUGAAUACUUAUGUCACUGUCAAGCACAGAGAACUGUAUGAUGAUAUCAUGGUUGCCAGUAGAAUGAAGCAAGUUAUCAAAGAGCUUAGUAAAUCUUUAUUGCCAAUGAAUCAAUAAACAAGUUUCUGUUAAACUAAAAUAGUCAUUUUUGUUAAAAUAACGG